UCGACCCUAAAACACAAGUCUCAAACAAACGUUUACUCUAUUCUGAUAUCAAAGACUCACCCAUCAAACCGUGUGUGUCAAUGUCCCCUUCUGCCAUCACCAACUCCCCUCCUCAGCAGGCAACUCAGCCUACUACUGUUCCUAUCACUUCUGCCCUCGACCAAGCAGACAACACUUUUGCGGUGCAGCCGCCCCCUAACUUCACCGGCUAUGAUCACAUAACCUGGUGGGUUGGCAAUGCCAAACAGGCUGCCUCAUAUUACACCAAUCUUUUUGGCUUCAAGCCCAUCGCAUAUAAGGGGCUCGAGACUGGAAGCCGAUACUUCGCCUCGUAUGUCAUUGAGAACAACGAUGUCCGCUUCGUUUUCACCUCGCCUCUGCGAUCAGAGGCUCAUUUCCCAGACGAUGAACCUAUCUCCAAGUUCGACCGAAAGCUUCUCAAGGAGAUGUAUGUUCAUCUCGAACGCCAUGGCGACGCCGUGAAGGAUGUUGCCUUUGAGGUCGAGAAUGUCGACGGAGUAUAUCACAAGGCGGUUCAGGAGGGUGCUAUUGCUGUUCAAGACCCCAAGGUCAGCAAGGACAAGGAGCAUGGCUCCGUCUCCACAGCCGUCAUUUGUACAUAUGGUGAUACCACCCAUACCCUCAUCUCCCGUCAAAACUACACAGGACCCUUCCUCCCUGGCUACCGAGCCUGGAAGAAACAUAGUGCCACUGUGUCUCUGCCAGAUGUUCCCUUGGCCCGCAUCGACCACUGUGUCGGUAACCAGUCCUGGAACGAGAUGGACUCAGCCUGCGCUUUCUACGAGCAAUGCCUUUCCUUUCACCGUUUUUGGUCUGUGGACGAUUCACAGAUCUGUACCGAGUUCUCAGCUCUGAGCUCCGUUGUCAUGGCUUCACCAAAUAACAUUGUUAAGAUGCCCAUCAAUGAGCCAGCUCUCGGCAAGAAGAAGUCCCAGAUUGAGGAGUACGUUAUCUUCAACUCUGGACCUGGCGUCCAGCAUAUUGCACUUCUAACUCCCGAUAUCAUCACUGCCGUCUCAGCCCUACGCGCUCGUGGUGUCGAGUUCAUCGACGUUCCACCUUCAUAUUACACUGACAUGCGCCAUCGUCUCAAGACAGAGCGUCGCAACUGGGAGCUCAAGGAAGAAUUCGAGACUCUUGAGCGUCUCAACAUCCUAAUCGACUACGAUGAGGGUGGUUACCUGCUUCAACUAUUCACCAAGCCCCUUAUGGACCGACCCACAGUCUUCAUUGAGAUCAUUCAGCGCAACGACUUCGACGGCUUCGGCGCCGGUAAUUUUAAGAGCUUGUUCGAGGCUAUUGAGCGUGAGCAAGCUGAGCGUGGCAACCUAUAA